CUUCCUAAAAGGAGCAACAUGCCAAUAGAGGCACUGAGUGCCAUUGGCAGGAGGUGGCUUUAGGGGAAUGGGCCUUCCUAGCCUCUGAAUAGUGAUCAUUUGUGACUCAGAAGGAAGUGCCUCACCUUUAGCUUUAUAUAUAAAUAUAUUUAGCUCUCCGAGUAGACUGCAAAGGAACAGCCUGGCAAGAUUGUUUAUACACACUCCCAUGCCUUGGCUCCCUCUGACAACAGAACGUCUGGGAUCUAGUCAGGCUAUGAAUGUUCAAGAGAGAAGGUGGGGGGGUCAUUUUGAGUUGACCUCCAAAUGGGACCCCAGCUAGUGACGCUGCUGCUGUUUCAGGCAGUUUGGAAUGGUGUUCUUGGAAGGAACCAUUCUCUACACAAAAGAGGACUCCUUGAAUUAUCUGGAGCCAUAAAAUGUGGCACAAGACGAUUCCCUUUGAUGUAUCUAGGUUAUGGAUGCUACUGUGGCCCAGGAGGAAGAGGAUGGCCUAAAGAUGAAACAGACUGGUGCUGCUUUGCACAUGACUGUUGUUAUGGCUUUGCAGAGGAACAAGGCUGCAACCCCAUACUUCGCAGAUACAAAUGGACCUGUAAGGACAAUACUGUGGUAUGUGAUACAGUCUUAGACAAAUGCCAAAAAAUAAUAUGCCAUUGUGACAGAGAAGCAGCCAAAUGUUGGAGAUCUGCACGCUUUAACCAACACCAUGCCUUCUGGCCAAAUUUUCUAUGUGGCCAUACUUAUCCUGUAUGUAGUUAUAGGAGUAAGAGGCAUUGAGAGUUUAAAAUAAACCACAACACUUUAACUUUGUAUUCAUAAUGUUAGACUCUGUGGUGUUUGCCCUCGAGUCCCCUGUUUGUUUUUCCCUCACAAAGGCUCACGUUGCAUUUUCUUCUUGCU